AUGCGCCAAAGAAAGGCCGCGCGGCGAGUAGGGCCAGUUUUCGUGGCAGCCACUCUCGUCCUUGUCACUUACGUUCUGUUUUAUCCGCGAGAGAGGCUUUGGAACCCCCUAACAGGACAUCACUCCACGGCGGUGUCUUUUGACUGGAAAAAGAAGGCCGGCCUUGCGACUGGAGCGGCAUCUGAUUUCGAACACCUCCACCUAAACGAGGAACAAUGCCAGGCGACGUUCCCCGGCCUGACAGAGGAGAUUGACCUGGCCGCGGCCGAGGGAGAGUUCCAGCUCGGACUCGGCGACGCUUCCGCCUCGCUGCUGGGACAGAUCAAAGACGAUAGAAUACUGAUACUGCAGGCGCCGAGACCUGUGGACAUGUCAGAUCAAUGGAUCGAGGUGAGUUCCGCUCCAAUGCUACACACUUUCCACCUCCAAGCAGAGGGAGAUGGAAAGAUCUUGAAAUCUCAGCAACUAACACAAAAGACCAAGCGACAAAGCGCCGCCCUCCACCAGCUACACCGCGCCAUUCUCACCUCACCAACCCCUCUACCAGACACCUACUUUAACCUCUACAUCCAGGACACGCCCAUCAAACACACCUGGUCCCACAGCCGUCCGGCGCGGACCUCGUCCUCCUCCUCCUCGUCCCCUCGACACACCUUCCCCAUCCCCCACUUCUCCUUCUGGGCAUGGACCCAGCCCUUCAUUCGCUCCCUCCCGCACGCAGCCUCCGCCAUCGCCGAGAUUGAAGCCAGCCUACCGUUCGAAAAGAAGAAUGCCCGGGCCGUGUGGCGUGGCACGUCGUGGUUCAACAACGGCGCCAGUGCGAACCCGCGAUCCCGACAGGACCUCAUCCAGCUCACAAAGGACGCGGGAUGGGCCGACGUGCAGGCGCUCGAGUGGACGAACAACGGGGAGAACGCGACGAACGCGCUGGCGAUUGAAGAUUUUUGCAGGUACAAGUACAUUAUCCACACCGGGGGCGUGUCGUACUCUGGCCGGCUGCAGUUUCAACAGCUUUGCGAGAGCGUGGUGUUGAGUCCGCCGCUGGAGUGGAUGCAGCAUACGACGCACCUCGUUGAGCCGGUGUACUCGAGUUCCCUACUAUCAGGAGGCCCGUCAGAGUUGCCCGAGAAUGCUUCUUUCGAAGCCAAGCCGCGGGAUGAGCAGCAGCGACAUCAGCAGCGGCAUCAACUCUCACCAAGAACACUGGAGCAGUGGCCGACGACACUCCGCGCAGAGGAAGCCAACAUGGUCUUUGUCAAGCCGGACUGGUCGGACCUGGAGGCGACGGUCCGGUGGUUGGAGGAUCACCCGGACGUGGCGCGCGGGAUUGCGAGACGGCAGCGGGCGUUGUUCUCUGGUCGAGGGUAUCUGAGCCCUGCCGCGGAGGUGUGUUACUGGCGGGCUCUUAUCAAGGGCUGGGGCCGUGUUGUGCGCGUUGACGACGAUGUCGGCCGGAAGAGUGCUGACGCGGUGAGCUUUGAGGAGUUUAUCGUGCGGGCUGAAAGGGCGAAGAAGAGAGGUCACUGA